AUGACGAGAAAAGUAAUUAUUUUAGGAAUGAGUCUGUUCAUAGAUUGCUUUAGUUCCACUUCUAAGCUAUUAACAAUUAGUAAGAACUUCAAGUCUGAACAUCUUGAAAUGAAAAUAAAAAAUCUCAUUUUGUCUCGCUCAAUUACAAAGAAAUACCUAUUAAGUGGAGUGACUCAUAACUCUGUCCCAAUACUAGUUCACAUAUUGCGUGCAGAUAUAAUGGCAAUUCACUCAAUCACUGUUAGUGGUCGAAUUCCACUUUUACCUUCAACAGUGAAACUACGACCUUUAAGAUUGGAUAAUGAGCUGGCAAUUCUUGCUGAGUUGAAUGCUAAGGCAAUGUCAAAUACGACAUGA